GCAUUACUUUUCCCCCAGGCCUCCAAAAAAUGCUUGAACUCGACGGUUUCGCGGUAAGCCAGGACCUAGUACCUGCCGCGCCCAUCAAAUCUGCUGGGGUCUCCAAAGUCGAUUUUGACGGCCUGUUAUCACCCCCACUAAGCCUGCAUGAAGAUCUGAAGAACGGCUGUGGUGGGCAGUUGUGGCCUGCAGGCAUGGUACUGAGCAAGUACAUGCUGCGGAAACAUCGCGAUGACGUCGCUGGAAAGGAAAUCGUCGAACUCGGUGCAGGAGGAGGGCUCGUCGGCCUGGCCGUCGCAAUAGGUUGUAACGUCGAUAAACCGCUACAUAUCACCGAUCAGAUACCCAUGUUUGACCUUAUGGGGCGCAAUAUCGCUCUCAAUGGCCUAGAGUCACGUGUCAAGGCAUCAGUGUAUGACUGGGGUGAACCAACGCCAUCGCAACUACCAUCUCACCCGGACAUCAUCCUCGCAGCGGACUGUGUGUACUUUGAACCGGCUUUCCCUCUCUUGCAGCAAACACUCAAGGAUCUGAUUGGCGAAAAUACCGUGUGCUACUUUUGCUUCAAGCGAAGAAGACGGGCAGACCUUACUUUUAUGAAGACGGCGCGGAAAAUGUUCGAUGUGCAGGAGGUGGACGACGACCCAGACAAGGACGUCUACUCGAGAGAAAAAUUAUUCUUGUAUCGUAUAACGAAGAAGAAGGCUUGACGAACUAUGGUUGGGCAGUGCGCAAGGCCAAUGAGUGGAGAGGCGUUGAUGCACAACCACGGCACUGGAUCACAAACCUCAAUGAGAAAAACAUCUUUUGGAAAAAGCCCUUUUCUUUUUUUGAUAUAGUACUUUAGAAUACUGACGUACUGGCGACUAGACUUGUGGAUUUCUCUCUUGUCAUUCGCUCCAGCACCUGAGGCGCAGUCACUCUCGCACUUCCCGAGCCUCCCUUGAGCCUUCCCACAACGAACUCACCAGAAAAAGAAGCACUUAAUUCUUCUCCCGAGAGACUUCUUCUCAUCAUAACCAUGUCUUCCCAUAGCGCAUGCCUGAGAAACCUGAAUGCAGAUCCAGGGGCUGAUCUAGAAUACUUGCAAGUGCU